AGGGGAAUUGUUGUAGUUCAUGAUGGGAUUUUGCAUAUGCCCGUUGGAGUCACCCGCGAGAUUACUAUGGAGCACAAGCUUCUUCCGCCAUAAGAUCAUGAUCUUUUAAUCCAAUUCUCUUUGGUUUCCAAUACAAACCUUGUUCCAUCCAUCUUCUUUAAUUAAUCAUCUCUCGCUGUGGUCCUCAAUCUGCUUCCUCUUCUUUGUUUCUUUCUCUCUGAAGUUGUUGUUUUUUUUUCUUUUCUUCUCUGUUUAAAAAAUCAAUAUGGAAUCCAAUUCGUUUUAUUUCGAUCCAUCAGCCUCACAACAUGGCAACAUGUUCUUCCUAGGGAAUCUCAAUCCAGGAGGAGCAAGAUCGAUGAUGAUGAUGAACAUGGAGGAAACAUCAAAGCGAAGGCCCUUCUUUAGCUCCCCUGAGGAUCUCUACGAUGAGGAAUAUUACGACGACCAGUUGCCCGAAAAGAAGCGUCGCCUCACAUCCGAACAAGUGCAUCUGUUGGAGAAAAGCUUCGAGACAGAGAACAAGCUGGAGCCAGAACGCAAGACUCAGCUUGCCAAGAAGCUUGGUCUACAGCCGAGACAAGUGGCCGUGUGGUUUCAAAACCGCCGGGCUCGUUGGAAAACAAAACAGCUCGAGAGAGACUACGAUCUUCUCAAGUCCACUUACGACCAACUCCUCUCUAACUACGACUCCAUCGUCAAGGACAACGAUAAGCUCAGAUCCGAGGUUACUUCACUGACCGAAAAGCUUCUGGGCAAAGAAGAAGAAGCUAAUAAUGAACUACCUCCGGGUCGUCAAGUCCCCGAACCCAACCAACUUGAUCCGGUAUACCUAAACCCAGCGGCAGUCAAAACCGAGGACCGGUUAAGUUCAGGGAGUGUUGGGAGUGCCGUACUUGACGAAGACGCACCUCAACUACUAGACAGCUGUGACUCUUACUUCCCCAGCCUCGUACCCAUCCACUCCCAACAAGACAACAACGCCUGUGAUAAUGACCGAGUCUGUUUCUCCGACGUCUUUGUGCCCACCACUUCACCGUCGCACCAUCACGGCGAAUCAUUGGGAUUCUGGGCUUGGCCUUAAUCUACUAUUUAUGUGUGUGUUUAUUAUUAUUAAAGUACAAUUACAGUCAUGUCUGUUUCCAUGUUUACUGACGAAAACCCCCGCAUAAUUGUGGAAUCAUUCAGCAAUUUCACGGUAUUUGAUAAGUUAUAUUA